GAAUUUUUCCAUCUACCUUGACCCAUGGCACGAUAUUGUUUAUUGCUCGAACAAUGCGAGCUGGCAAAGAGUCCACGAAGCGACAUUACGUGCCUCGAGUAGCAAUCUCUAUUGGGUAAUCUCGCGUUUGUCCAGGAGUCAGCGGCGCGGACAGAAAACAAUAGGGUCAUUGGUACCGAUCGAAUUAGAAGGAUCGAGACGCUACGCCUUUGCAUUGCACACCGGUAUAAAUGAAUUUUGAAAUCAAUGGGUCCUUCAGUCGUUGCCUCGCCUUCGAAGAAAGAAAUCAUCGAAAGGGAACAAUCGACUAGGGUUGAAACAUCAUGAAGAUUCUACUUCUUGGAUUUUGUCUUUUUUGCCUCUCUAUCUUGAGAGUGGAAUCGAAGCCACAAAUAACGAAACUGUUCCCGAUCCCAGAAGAAACAAGCGAUCCUCCACAACGAUCUAACAACGAUACGAAGCUUCUGGACAAAUUAUUCGGAAAAUUGCGAGCCACGUACAACUUCGUGUUUCGAAAGCCAGAGAACAUGAGCAACGUGGAGAAAAUUUUGGCCAAGGAUACACCUGACCCUGACAUCGAGGCGCUGAAAGUAAUCUGGUCUAAUCGAAUGCAAUCGAAUUCGAAGGAGGAUUCGAACAAGUCUCAGCCAAAGGGAAUAAUGUAUUUAGCGGCAAACGACGAAUGGAUGAAUGAUAUUCAACCUUUGGAUCAUUUAGAGCCUCUAGAACCAUUGGAAUUGGAAGACGAAAUAGAAAAUAAUAAGGAUCGAGAGGUAGAGAUCGUUACACCGAGAACCAGUUUCCAGUUUCCGGCCACACUUAAUCGUCAUCUCGUUAAUUGGCUUGGAUCACUUCUGGGAAUUACUUAUGGGGUCUAUUCUAAAUUGGCCAGAGCUAUUUACAGCAAUAAUACUGCAAUACGUAUUAGUUGAAAUAUAUAUUUUAUAUUACUUUGGAUUUUUGUUUGUAUUAAAAAUAAUUGAAUAAAAUGAAAAGUGAUGCAGUUCAUCCCAGGAUCUGAAAUAUAAUAGAAACAUGGUAAAA